AUGCUAGGGAGGAAACUCAGGAUGGGGACCAUCUGUUCCCCCAUCCCCAGCGCGACCAAGACAUCAUCAUCGGACGUCUGCAAUGCCGACUGGAUGGCCUCACUGCCCCCUCACCUCCACGACGUACCCCUGUCCAAUCUGGCAAUCCCAGGCUCCCAUGAUUCAUUCAGCUACUGGGUCGACGAGAAAUCCCCAGUGGGGCCUGACCAAACCCCAGCUAUCAUGCGCCUUGCCAGGAUAUCCUUAGUGAAGAAGCUAAUGAAGAAAUGGUCUGUGACUCAGAACCUGACCUUCCGAGAGCAGCUCGAUGCUGGAAUCCGCUACUUUGACCUGCGUGUGUCCUCCAAGCCAGGGGAUGCCGACCAGGAGAUCUACUUCAUCCACGGACUUUUUGGCAUUAAGGUCUGGGAUGGGCUGAUGGAGAUUGACUCGUUUCUUACACAGCACCCCCGAGAGAUUGUCUUCCUGGAUUUCAACCACUUCUAUGCCAUGGAUGAGGCCCAUCACAAACAUCUGGUUCACCGGAUACAGGAGGCCUUUGGAAACAAGCUGUGCUUGGCCUGCAAUGUGGAGAGUCUGACCCUUCAGAUCCUGUGGGAGAAGAGGUACCAGGUUCUAAUUUUCUAUCACUGCCCCUUCUACAAGCAAUACCCCUUCUUGUGGCCUGGAAAGAAGAUCCCAGCGCCCUGGGCAAAUACCACCAGUGUGCGCAAGCUGAUCCUCUUCUUGGAGACCACUCUGAGUGAGCGUGCCCCACGUGGCGCCUUCCACGUCUCUCAAGCGAUUCUCACCCCCAGAGCAAAGACCAUCGCCCGGGGCCUGGUCGGUGGCCUCAAGAACACACUGGUUCACAGGAACCUUCCUGUCAUCCUGGACUGGGUAAAAACUAAGAAGCCUGGAACCAUGGGUGUCAACAUCAUCACGUCUGACUUCGUGGACCUGGUGGACUUUGCCACAACUGUCAUUGAAUUGAAUGACCUCCUACAGGAGGAUAGAGCUUUGGCCAAAUGCUGA